AUGAACAUCGAAAACAUAGUCUCAUCUGAAGAGAUAAGACAAAAAAUGUAUCUAUUUAAGCAUGGUACUAUGAGGAAAGAAAGUCCAGAGUACGAAAGAGUUCUCAAAUCUCCACCACUUGAAAAAUAGAGAAACCCCAGAUAUCCCAAAUUCCUCUCUAAAGCUCCGAAAGACCACAACUAGCCCGCUAAAAGUUGCUUCGAUGUCUCUUUUCAACCCAAAUAACCCCAAAAACUACACGUUCAAAUAAAUUCCUAGAAUCCCACAAGAUCGACUACUCCAAGUUCAAGGUUGAGUUCGACAAAUAAGGAUAAGAACGUACAGAAUGCUAUAAAGAUUCGACUAAAACGAGGAUUUAAGACUGAUUUUUACUGGAAAUUACAGCGGCUGACUGAGAAUAUAGCGAUUUAUAAGGAGAUUUUUGGGUGUAAAGAGAAGCAAGAGACGCCAGUGAGGGAACGGGGUAGGGAGGAGAAGGAAGUGGCGAGAGUAGAUCCAGGUAGAGAGUCAAAGCCGAAGAAGAGCAGGUCUAUGAUCCGGAAAGGCACUAGUGCGAGGUUUCUUAUGAGAAAUAAGGAUUUAAUCAAAAAUAUGUCAUUGUCUCCACCUUGUAAAGGUCGUAGCAGAUUUUGUCCAAGAAGAGGUUCUGUAAGGAAGCCUAGCAGAAACGGCAGUUUUAAGACAAAAAAUACCCUAACUAAGCCAUUAAGCAGGUUUGCUGAGAGAAAAACUAGUGGAAAGAAAAGCUUUGACAGGAAUACCACAGAAAGAAACACUACUGAGAAGACCAUUGAGAAGGCAUCUGAUAAAAUAAUUACCAAGCCAAAGAAAAGGAGGCAACAGAGGCCCCGCUAUACUACAAAGAACAAAAUUCUGAUUAACUCCGAACAGGAGAGUCAAUUAAUCCAAAAACUUGAAAAAUCUUGGAAAGAACAAGAAAAUAAAAUCAAAAUGAUUACCGAAGAAACUAAGAGUGCAUACCAGGAAAGUGAGACCUCAGUUCCUUGGCUCAAUAUUAGCCUACUCCAGAACGAGAACUUUCUGAAUCCUCAGCCCCUAUUUGAAGUGCCGAGGCGAAAGUCUAUAGUGCACACCAGAAGACAUUCUAAGAACAAGGAGUUUAAGUUUACUAAGGGUAAAGUAAACAGGAGGCAAUCUGUCCUGUCAGUUAUCAAGAAAGGCAAUCUGCUUGCUCCUUCUGACAAGAGCUUUCAAGAUUCACUUAGAGAGCCGAUGAGGUCCAGGUACCCAGAAGCUUCAAAAAAUCUACAGCCACUGAAGUGGAAUGAACUCUUAAUUGCUCCAGUGAAGAAGGUGUAUAAAGUGCCUGAAAAUCUGGUCAACCCACCUAGAUGAGCUAAGGAUCACCUAAGUUUUACCAAUAACAAGAAUAAAUUAGUCCUGAAGAAUAAGAAGGAGAAGCUUAAAAAGCUGCCAGUUAGAGGCCGGAGGAAUGCCAAAUCCACCUUCUCAGUUCAAGAUCAUGUGAAUAGGUCUGUAAGAAUCUAUGAAAAUCCUAUACUUAAGAGCCAAAAUCGGGACCAAGACGAGAGCAAAAAUCUGAGAGGGCAGAAUAAUCGGGAGAAUAAUGGAAAUCAUAAGAGGAAUAAGCAUAUUUCUCAUUAUUCUUCAGUCCAAUAUUCGGCUGACUCUCAUUAUAAGAAGGAUUUUCAGAUGAUCAGGAUGCUUUCGAAAUCAUCUAUUGUUAAAUAUUCCAAGAAAUAUCUACAAAGACACGAUCGGUUAAGAGAAAGUGAGCUAGAGCUUGCUAGUGGUGAACGAGAUCUGAGAAAAACUACUUCAAGAAAUUUUCAAAGCCCCUUUAUACGCUCUAUUAGUAAGAAUCGAAAUAGGAACUUCUUGACGAAUAGAGUGUCUAACCUCGGGCUUUCCAAUAACUCAAAUGAUCUCUCUGAAUUCCUAAGAUCCGGUUGCAAUUCAUCGUUUCGGCCUGCGAGGAUAUACUUGAACAACCAAUAAUGACGAAAUUAUUAGGUACCACGGCUGUUAUUUCA